AUGAUUCAACAUCAUCACAGUUACAGUGGCGAUCCUGCCUCUCACCGUGGUAAUCCCUACGGUUACUACGCGGCUCCACCGCCACCACCUUCGCUACAACGGCCUUUUUACAACCAGCCCGUUUUGCCACCAGUUAAUGCUGGGCAUCAUCGUCAUCAUUCUAGUUACAUGCAAGGCGGUUUACCACCAUUGAACUCGUACUACAAUCAGGCUCCUGCUCCGGCUCAAGCUCCAAUUUUGCCUCCACCGGCAGUUCAGGAACCCGUUCGUGAAGAGUACGUGAACGGUGGCGUUAAUCAACACUUGGACUACGACUUGGAUAUGAUGGCUGAUUUUGUGGUGAAAAACGCUUACAUCUCAUUUGGUUGCGAUCUUCAUACCGAUGCGACUCAGUCGAUGGAUCUUUUUGUCAAAGGCGUCACCUCAGUGUUAAAUGCUACGAGGUUGCCUUCAGUUACUAUCUUUCUCGCUUUGGAUCUACUGUCGAAAUAUAUCGAUAGACUGCCUGAGGAUGAUGAAAAGGUUAGCAAAUCGAUCAAUGUUAUUUAUCAAAAUACUAUGGUCGCUUUUGUGAUCGCUAACAAAUUCAAUGAUGACAAGACUUUUACUAAUAGGUCCUGGACUCAGGCCACUGGUAUGUCAUUAUCGUCAAUCAACGGCUAUGAAAGAGAUUGGUUGAAUGCUUUUGAAUGGAGACUAUUCGAUGACAAGUUCGCGUCUUACGAGGACUACUUACAAACUUUUGCAGUCUUCUGUCAAGAAAAGAGAUGUCCUUCUCCACCUAACCUUUUGCCUACUCCGCAUAGCACUGAUAACUAUUUGUCACCACCAUCUGGGUAUCAAACCCCAGUUCAAAUGACCAGUAGUGUCUAUUCUUCGCCUUGUUAUUACGAUGAGGAGAACAACGAUUUUUGUUACAGUCAACUCCCCCAAGGUGGUAUGAUGAGCUCUCCAAUUAAUUCGGGUUACGAUAAUGGUUAUUCUACAAAUCAAAACAACUUCAACUUUUACAAUUACAAUCCACAAAUUAACAACAGACCAUGGAAUAUGGAUGAUACUUUCAAGCAUCCACCACAGCCAAAUUUUGCCGCGUUAGGUAAUAGCUACUAUUGCUAUUCUGCCGUUUAUUAA